UGUCUGUGCUGCAACAGAUGUUGAACUUCAGACUUCGUUAGGCCUGACUUCCUCUCCUCACCUCUUCUCUCCAUCUGUAAAUGCCACUGUGGGAGGAAGAGGGUGAGGCGACAAGGAGGUGUUUAAAGUUAAAUGAGCACGGCCCACACCCACACCCACCGAACCACCACUCCCACUCGGUGAAGAAGCAGUGUGGCGGUAGACUCAGCCACAGGGAGUCCGUGGUCGGCUGCUCCCUUCAUGGUUGUCUGCGAGUGACAGGGAGAUAUGAAUUCUGUGGGCCGGUCGUGGCUGCUCCUCACGGGCUUUGUCGUCUUCUAUGUCAUCUACCUGUUGUUCGGAGCGCUGGUUUUCUCCAGCACCGAGCGGCCGAUGGAGGACAGGCUGCGACGAGACAUGGAGGUCCUGAGGCAGGAGUUCCUCAACCACAGCUGCAUCAGCGCCGCGUCCUUAGAACACUUUCUGGCCAAGGUGCUGGCGGCCAACAAGUUUGGCGUGUCGGUGUUCAGUAACUCCUCAGAACCGUCCAACUGGGACCUGGCAUCGUCCAUGUUCUUUGCCAACACUCUGGUCACCACAGUGGGCUAUGGCCACACCACUCCUCUGUCCGACUCUGGCAAGGUCUUCUCCAUCAUCUACGCCCUGUUAGGAGUUCCCUUCACCAUGCUGGUGCUCACUGCCUGCGUCCAGAGGCUCAUGUAUCCCCUGGUCAUCGCUCCAGUCGGCCUCCUGCAACGCACAGGGAUGAAGCUCCAGUCAGCCACUGUUGUCCACUUCGUGUUGCUGCUGAUCCUGGUGGUGCUGUGCUUCUUCAUGGCUCCAGCAGCGGUGUUCACUGUGUUGGAGGUGUCCUGGUCAUUCUUAGAUGGCGUCUACUUCUGUUUCAUCUCCCUCUGCACCAUCGGACUUGGUGACUUUGUUCCAGGCAUACAGCCUGGACAGAAGUACAGGCAGCUGUACCAGCUCUCAGUCAUGGUCUACCUGUUUGUGGGUCUCAUGAUGAUGUACCUCCUGCUGCGCACCUUCCACAAAAUGGCCGAUCUACACGGACUGACCACCUACCUGCAGCUGCCACGCUGUGAGGAGUUCGACCAGGAGGAGGACAGGGAGCCUAUCGUGCACAGCAGGAGUGAGGCGGAGUCGCUCUCCUGCACAUCAGAAGACCAAGUCGGUAAGUCGCUGAAUCCAGGGUCCCAGAUUUCCUACAACACUAUAAACAAAGGCUGAGCCUUGGAGAGAGGAGAAUCAAGAGUUCUACCUCUGCUGACCCCCAGACCAUGAACUAGUGAUGUCUUAUUGAAUCUGAAUGCCUAUUAUGGUUACCCUUAACUUCGUCUUCUUAAGCAUUGCUAUGUAAACAGA